AUGGCCUUCAAAUCUCUCCUCACCUUCGUCUCCCUCGCUGCAACCCUCUCUGGCACCUACGCCGCGCUGACGCGCCGCGUUGCUUGCCCCGACGGUGUCAACACUGCGACGAACGCGGCGUGCUGCCAGCUGUUCGCUGUCCGCGAGGACCUGCAGCAGAACCUGUUCCACGGCGGUCUGUGCACUGCCGAGGCGCACGAGUCCCUCCGUCUCACAUUCCACGACGGUAUCGCGAUCUCGCCCGCCCUCCAGUCGCAGGGCCAGUUCGGUGGCGGAGGUGCCGACGGCUCGAUCUCGAUCUUCCCCGAUAUCGAGACUGGCUUCCACCCCAACAUCGGCCUCGACGAGAUUGUCGCCCUCCAGCAGCCGCUCUUUGAGCGCCACAACUUGUCGCACGCCGACUUCCUGCACUUCGCUGGUGCCAUCGCUGCGUCGAACUGCGCCGGUGCGCCCCAGCUCGUCGCCUACGUCGGCCGCAAGGACGCUACCCAGCCCGCCCCAGACGGCCUCGUCCCCGAGCCGUUCCACACCCCCGACCAGAUCUUCGACCGUCUCGCCGACGCCUCCCAGGGCGAGUUUGACCCCAUCCUGACCGUCUGGCUCCUGACCGCGCACACCGUCGCGGCGGCGAACGACGUCGACCCGACCGAGUCCGGCCUGCCAUUCGACUCGACGCCCGAGCUGUGGGACACGCAGUUCUUCCUCGAGACGCAGCUGCGCGGCACCGCGUUCCCCGGCUCCGGCGGGAACCAGGGCGAGGUCGAGAGUCCGCUCGCGGGCGAGAUGCGCCUGCAGAGCGACCACACGAUCGCGCGCGACUCGCGCACGGCGUGCGAGUGGCAGUCGUUCGUCGACAACCAGCCGAAGGCGCAGGCGAUGUUCCAGUUCGUCUUCAACGUGCUCACCACGCUCGGCCAGGACCAGAACGACCUCGUGAACUGCACUGAAGUCGUCCCGAUCCCCGCGCCGCCUCAGGGCCACACGCACUUCCCCGCUGGGCUGUCCAUCGCCGACAUCGAGCAGGCUUGCGCUGAGACUCCCUUCCCCACCCUCCCGACUGACCCGGGACCCCGCACCGCUGUCGCCCCUGUCCCCAAGCCUCCCCCCGCGUCGAUCUGA